AUGCUUGCUCUCCUCGUUUCAUUUCUUGCGCCAAAUUUAUUAGUCAAGGCCUACACGAGCUAUGCCAACGACUUCGUGGAUCCUGACUACAUUCUAUCGGGGAAUUUUCCGCCCAAUACAGGUGAUGCACAGAAAACGAUAACACAAUGGGCUUUGGAACUUGCUUCGAAGGGCCCGUGGACUGUCAUGAACAAGACUGUUGUACCUCCUUCAGGUGACAUGCACGAUUAUAUGAGUUGGGCUCCGUACUCCUGGCCUAAUUGCACGGGUGUUGGAAAUACCACGGAACUCUCGCCUCAACAAAUCUGGACAGAGUGUCCGUAUGAAACUCGAGAUGGCAUGUUCAACCCAGACGGCCGCUUGAUUAAUGAUGUCGGAGCAUUUUCUGACCUCGCAGACGCUGUGCUGUACAAUUCCAUAUCUCACACUUUUCAGGACCAGCCGACAUCGCUAUAUUCGCAAAAUGUGGUCAACUUUCUUAAGGUGUGGUUUUUGAACUACGGCACCAGGAUGAAUCCGAAUCUCAAUUACGCACAAAUGAAACGCGGUCCCGAUGGUCAGGUUGGUGAGCACACCGGUAUUCUCGACCUAAAGUGCUUCACUAAGAUUGCAUCUGGCAUUCUCAUUCUCCGACAGGGAGUUAAUGUGGACUAUACUACAGAAGUCGAUGCUCAGAUGCUAGAAUGGUCGGGCGAAUAUAUUACUUGGUUGGAGUCCGCGGCCAUAGCUCUAGAAGAGGGUGAAUCAGCCAACAACCACGGGACGUUCUAUUACAACCAACUAGCUGCUUUGAAGAUCAUUGUUAAUGACCUUCCUGGCGCACGGAAUGCUACAGACACAUAUUUCAGGACUUUGUAUCCUUCUCAGAUCAAUGCCAGCGGGGAACAACCGCUCGAAGCUGCCAGGACGCGGCCUUACCACUAUCGUGCUUAUAACCUAGCUGCCAUGAUAACCAAUGCCCGUCUUGCGCAAUACGCUGCCCCCGGCUCACCAGUCUGGAACAACACUUCCUCCUCUGGAGCUACCAUCAAGACGGCAUUGGAUUACGCCAUGGGAAUCUCAGCGAAUUCUAGCGGCGAGAACUCGUAUUCCGCUGAGCUAUAUCCAAACAUAGCAGCUGUCGCUUCUAUUUACGGUGACGAGGACGGACGAUAUGCGUCAUUUCUGAACGCAGCUGAUUCAGGAUAUGCUGAGCAGCCUUAUUUCCUGUGGAACCAGCCACUGGCAGGUGGGACGGUUGCCACCGCCGGCUCAGGCACUCCCAAUAAGGGUUUCCGGACGCCGCUCGCGAGUAUAGGGUGGCUAGAGCUGGCCAUCUGUGUGGUAGUAGGCUUGGUUAGGAUAUAA